AUGGCAACGACGUCUUCGCCCGAAGCUUUUAUCUCAGUCUCAGUCGCGUGGCAGAGCUCCAACUAUGCCCAAUGUGCUAUGGGAUUCCUGGUGGUCCACGACUACUUAAUUAACAUCGGUGACGAGCUCCGCUACGGAGGCCUGUUCUAUGCUAUCUCAGACUUGGUUAUUAUUUGGUCGUUUGGUAUCCGAGAUUCAUCCAUGCAAGAGGUGUGGCUCAACGAGCAAAGUACGCCUGACGCAAUUCUACUUCUUAGCUUGAACGGCAUGAUAGCACUCCGGGUGUAUGCUAUGUCCGGUCGUCCCAAGUUCCUACUCGUGGUUCUUUUGUCUCUGUUUAUAGCUGUCCAAGUUCUCAACAUUGUGUCGACGGCAGUCGUCGUGAGUGGGAUGCACGAUUUUAUCGUUAUACCCCCAGGAACGUGUGAUGUUCCGUCCACCCUCACUGCAUCUCGCCUCGCCCUUGCGAGCGAAUGCGCAGUCCUGUUAUACGAGCUGAUCCUCCUCAUUCUGGGUUUGAGCCGUUUCGCUGUGCAUGUGAGAGAGACUUGGCGUGCGAGUUCGGGGCUUCCAAGGGGCAGACUGAUGAACGUCAUGAUGAGAGACAAUUCUUUUUAUUUCCUUGCGCUCGCAGGAUCUAUGAUCGCGAGCGCCUUUGGCAGUUUGCAGUCGUCCCUCGGCGUGAGCGGAGUUAAUUUGUUUGCUGGGUUACUAAACAACGUUACCGCGCUAGCUGCAAUCGGUGUCAUCACCGAUGUGCUCCCAUGGUAUCAAACGUGUCUGCUUGGUCCGACAAUGAUGCUGAGUAUCAGACGAUACGAUGCUAAACUACGUAGAGGAAAUUCUCAGCCACAGGGCGACGAGGAAGAGGCAGUGAGCGAUGUGUGCACUGGUUCCAAUGUGCUGAUUAUGCUCCAUGCUUAG